CACAUAUUCAGACACCAGAAAAACAUUGCACACCAAUCCCUAUAGAAAUGGAAAAUCACAGAAUGAGAAUCAGACGAAGCAUCUUUCUGACCCUCCUCUUUCCUCUCUUAUUCCUACUGUCACAUUCAACAGGUGCUGCACAGGUUGGAGUAUGUUAUGGCCGCGUUGCAACCAACCUGCCACUACCCUCAGCUGUGAUCAGCCUUCUUAAAUCCAAUGGAAUAUCAAGAGUUCGGUUGUUCAACCCGGACCCCGAUGCUCUAGCACCCUUUUGGGGUACAGGGAUCGAGCUCAUGAUCGGUGUCCCUAACGAAAUCCUCCCCAUGUUAGCUAAUGGCACAGUUGCCACCUCCCAGCAAUGGUUGAAAUCGAACAUUUUUACGUAUGUUGCACCUAAUCAAGUACGGUACUUAGCCGUUGGCAAUGAAGUGUUACUAAAAGAACCAUAUUACACGCCAUAUGUUGUACCCGCAAUCCUUAAUUUGUACCAAGCUCUUCAAGCAUUAGGUCUAGGUGACACGAUUAAGGUAUCAUCAUCACACGCGGCCACGAUCUUGUCCAAUUCUUACCCUCCAUCGGCCGGCGCAUUUGAUCCCAACCUUAAAUCAGUUUUGAUCCCCCUUUUAGGGUUUCUACGCGACACAAGGUCACCGUUGAUGGUCAACGUGUAUCCCUUCUACAGCUACAUUAAUAACAAAGAAAAGGCCACACUAGACUAUGCUCUUUUUAGGUCAUCGAAAAUUAAGGUUGAUCAAAAUUUGGCCUACACUAAUAUGUUUGACUCAACAAUUGACGCAUUUGUGUAUGCUAUGGAGAGGGAAGGUUUCCAUGAGAUCCCGGUGGUGGUGACGGAGACCGGGUGGCCAACGAGUGGGGCUGAUGGCACCGGAGUCGAUAAUGCAUUGGCUUAUAAUGGAAAUGUUGUGAUGAGGGCAUUGGCUAAUAUUGGGACACCCAGAAGGCCAGGUGUCGGGGUCGAGGUCUUCUUGUUUGAUCUAUUUGAUGAGAAUGGAAAAAGUGGAGGGGAAUAUGAAAGGCACUUCGGGAUUUUUGGGGCCAAUGGUAUCAAGGCUUAUGAUAUUAGGUUUAACUAAUCGUAUAUACCUUGUCUUUCUUGCUUCUGUUGCUACAAAGUAAUGUUUGGUUGACAACCUUAUCUACUAUUAACCCUUUGUAGUAAAUAUUUCAUUAUUUGUUGUUUCAAAAUUUUUGGAUGUAAAUCAGACAUCAUUUGACCAAAUCAAUCAUAUUACC